AGCCAAGUGAGCUUCUUCUUCUUCUUCCUUUCGGCUUCGCCAUGAAUAUUCUCCGGUACCGUAAAACUUUGAACAAGAUUUUCUGGAGUUAGAGAUCUCUCGCCUGCUUCUCCGUCAGCUAUGCUCAGCACGGUGGUGCAGUGGUGGUUAACGUUUUUCCGUCUGAGAUUUGGGCGGAGAAAUCGAGAAAGAAAGUGGUGAUCACUCUGAUUAGGCUCUUCGCCGAGAUCGAAGAUUUUGAGAUUUUUUGUUUUUUUUUUAGGUUAAGUUUGCAAUUUUUUUUAACGCGAGAUUAUCGGAGCGAGGGGGAGAGAUGAGCCAAGCGAAACUGACGAGGACUCAAUCGUCGUUGCUCAGAUCAUCUCCGACGAUAAGAUCAUCGAUUCACAGCCUUUCUUCAAUCACAGAAUGUGACUUCGACGAUAUCUCUCACCACCGCGAACAUGAUUUGGAAUCCGGCGAGAAAGAGGAGAAGCAGAGGAGAAGAAAACCGCCUAAAUCAUUCGGGUCAAUUAUUCGAACCGGGUCGACCCGAAUAAAACCGGGUCUCACCUUCACACUCGCUUCCCUCUCCUUCCUCAGCCUCUCGUCUUUCUUAAUAUUCUUCGUCUUCUCUCAAACCGAUGCGAUUCUCACGUCGGAGAAUCUUCUACUUGGUUUGAUCUUCGUCGCCGUCUCUCUGUUCUUCGCAUCGCGAAACAUGGCGGUUAUCAACAAAGCAGUAUUCGCAAUCAAAGAAACCAGGAAAAAGCUAAGAUUCCGAAUCAAACACAAACCGAAACCGGUUCAAUGGUACAUCGGCGACUCGAAUCCGGAAUCGAUCGAAAACCAGAGAGAAGAAGAAGAAGAAGAAAAGAGACUGGUCGUCAAAGAAGGAGUCCAGUUCUUCAGCAAUGGAGAUUUCUACGAAGGGGAAUUUCACAGAGGAAGAUGCAAUGGAAGUGGAGUUUACUACUAUUUCGUUAACGGAAGAUACGAAGGAGACUGGAUUAAUGGAAGAUACGAUGGCUAUGGAAUCGAGUGUUGGUCUAAAGGAAGUAAGUAUAAAGGACAGUACAAGCAAGGACUGAGACAUGGUUAUGGAGUUUACUGGUUUUACACCGGAGAUUCUUACUCCGGCGAAUGGUUCAACGGUCAAAGCCAUGGCUAUGGUGUUCAAACCUGUGCUGAUGGAAGCUCUUAUGUUGGAGAAUUCAAAUUUGGUGUCAAACAUGGACUUGGAUCUUACCAUUUCAGAAAUGGAGAUAAGUACGCAGGAGAGUAUUUUGGAGAUAAGAUCCAUGGAUUCGGUGUUUACCAUUUCGCUAAUGGUCACUAUUACGAAGGAGCUUGGCACGAAGGUCGUAAGCAAGGCUAUGGCACGUAUAGAUUCAGGACCGGUGAUACCAAAUGCGGUGAAUGGGAUGAUGGUAGUCUCGUAAUCCGGCUUCCUCCAGAAACCGGCCCGGUACAUAGAGCGGUUCAGAGUGCUCGAGAUAUGGCGAAAAAAAGUGUAAAUCAGAGACGGGUCGAUGAACAGGUGAUGCGAGCGGUGGUUGCGGCUAACAAGGCUGCGACGGCUGCGAGAGUUGCAGCUGUGAAAGCCGUUCAAAAUCAGAUGGAUGGUAAACUUUGUGAAAAUUGAAAAUGAUUAGUAAAGAUGACAUUAACAAAGAAGUCAAGUUUUUUUUUUUUUCUUUUUGUCUUUUUAUUGUAGCCCUGGUGAGCUUGAAAUUAUAAGAAAGCUUUACCAUGGAGGUUUUUUUGUUUUUCUUUCUUGAACUAAGAAUGUAAAUGUAUAUAGAAGAAGUCAUGUUUUGUUCUU